AUAAUGGUGGCCGGGGCCGCGCCACCUCGCGAGCCUAUAAAAGCCGGCGCACCAUCACGUAACACACUUCCUCUCACCUAGACUCCUCAAGUCGCACUGAGAGUUUGAAACAGCCGUGUUAAUUCUCAUUUGAUCACGUUUUAAAACAAAACAACAAAAUGCGUGAGUGUAUCUCUGUUCAUGUCGGUCAGGCUGGAGUGCAGAUGGGCAAUGCCUGCUGGGAACUGUACUGCUUGGAACAUGGAAUUCAGCCUGAUGGACAAAUGCCUUCAGACAAAACAAUUGGUGGUGGAGAUGACUCAUUUAACACAUUCUUCAGUGAAACAGGAUCUGGCAAGCAUGUCCCCAGAGCAAUAUUUGUUGAUUUGGAGCCUACUGUUGUUGAUGAAGUACGUACUGGUAUAUACAGGCAACUGUUUCACCCAGAGCAGCUGAUAACUGGUAAAGAAGAUGCAGCAAAUAACUAUGCUCGUGGUCAUUACACAGUGGGGAAGGAACUCAUUGAUCUAGUGCUUGAUCGGAUAAGGAAACUGGCUGAUCAAUGCACUGGUUUACAAGGUUUUCUAAUUUUUCACAGCUUUGGUGGAGGCACUGGGUCAGGUUUCACUUCUCUUCUCAUGGAACGUCUCUCAGUGGAUUAUGGGAAAAAAUCCAAACUGGAAUUUUCUGUUUACCCAGCUCCACAGGUGUCUACUGCUGUUGUUGAGCCUUACAAUUCAAUUUUGACAACUCACACCACAUUGGAACAUUCAGACUGUGCAUUUAUGGUGGACAAUGAAGCCAUUUAUGACAUAUGCCGUAGAAACCUUGACAUUGAACGACCAUCCUACACCAACUUGAACCGCCUGAUUGGUCAAAUUGUCUCCUCCAUUACAGCUUCCCUGAGAUUUGAUGGUGCUCUAAAUGUGGAUUUGACAGAAUUCCAGACCAACUUGGUGCCAUAUCCACGUAUCCACUUCCCCCUAGCUACUUACGCUCCGGUUAUUUCUGCUGAGAAGGCCUAUCAUGAACAAUUGUCAGUAGCUGAGAUCACAAAUGCUUGUUUUGAACCUGCCAACCAAAUGGUGAAGUGUGAUCCUCGACAUGGAAAAUACAUGGCCUGCUGCAUGUUGUAUCGUGGAGAUGUGGUUCCCAAGGACGUCAAUGCAGCUAUUGCCACAAUCAAAACAAAGCGCACUAUCCAAUUUGUGGACUGGUGUCCAACUGGAUUCAAGGUUGGCAUUAACUACCAACCUCCAACAGUCGUGCCUGGUGGUGACUUGGCCAAAGUACAAAGGGCAGUAUGUAUGCUUAGCAACACAACUGCCAUUGCUGAGGCCUGGGCUAGACUUGAUCACAAGUUUGACCUCAUGUAUGCUAAGAGGGCUUUUGUCCACUGGUAUGUUGGUGAGGGAAUGGAAGAGGGUGAGUUCUCUGAGGCCCGAGAAGAUUUGGCUGCCUUAGAAAAAGACUAUGAGGAGGUUGGUGUUGAUUCAGUUGAGGCUGAAGAAGGUGAAGAGGGAGAAGAAUACUAGAGGAACCAAGAUGUUGUUUUAGAAGAAACAAUUUUGACCAAAAAUCUACAAUUAUGCCAAGGACAUUUUUAAAAAUAAUUACAUUUUUUUUAUGCUGUCCAAAAAAUGUUUUCCUACCAAAUUUGCAUUUAAUUAGCAUUCCACAUUGUUGUUUUGUUUUGAAUAGAAUCAAAAUGGAAAUUUUGUUUACAGUCAAAAAGCUUGGCACAAAUAAAAGCAAAUUUUAAAACUAAAA